UUUGAAGAGAGACAUUGUGGGAUCCGCUUGCUUUACUGCCCCAGUUAUCGCUCAUGGGGCUUAGUUGAGCCUCCCGCAGAGCUGAUCCCGUCGCCGUUACGGGUCAUGACCGACCCGCACGGACGCACCACCCGGAGGCGUGCUUCGGAGCAGGGCCAAGCCGCCCCAGACGACGACGAGAACGAUCAAGACCUGGAUCUAGUGGAACGCUCCCUCAAAGCCUCAGGUUGUCUGGAGCUGCACUAUCAAGUUCAAGCGUGCAUGGUCGACCAUAAGGAUUGGCGAAAGUGUCGCGAGCCCGUCCAGGCCUUUCGCGAAUGCAUCCAGGCCCACCAGAACCGAACAUCGUCCGACCCGUCCACCCAUGGACCCAUAUCUGGAGCCACCCAGUGAAUCCAUGGCCGGCCAGGAGUCCGACGAUGUCGGCUUUUGGGACAGUCAAUGGGUCACCUUAGGGCUGGGAUUGUUGUGUGGGAUCGUAGCUAAUGUGCUUGUGAAACAUUACGCGGCGCCGGGCCUCGAAUCCACCAUGGGCAACACGGCAGUGCGGGCCUUCUCCACCCAGAAUAAGAUGGCCCUGGUCAUUCGUCACGAUUUGGGCAUGACCAAAGGCAAAGUGGCUUCGCAGUGCGCUCAUGCGGCCAUCCUGUGCUACAAAAAGGCUGCGCGGGCCCAACCCCAGUUCCUAAAGCAAUGGGAGACCUUCGGCCAGGCCAAAGUCACGCUCAAGGUGAAUUCUGAGGCCGAACUGUGGGCCUUGCAAGCCCAGGCCCAAGCCGCCCAAUUAACGGCCUGUGUGGUCCGGGAUGCGGGUCGCACGCAGAUCGAUGCUGGCUCGCCCACCGUUCUGGGCAUCGGACCCGGUCCCAAUGAACUCGUGGACACCAUCACAGGCCAUCUUAAACUCUAUUAGUCUGAUAAAAUAGUGCACCCUGAACUAAGAAAAAGUCGUGCGGGUUUGCAACUCGA